GCCGCUAGAUCCGCUGCUGCUGCCGCGGCGGGCAGACCUGCAGGAGGCGGCGGCGGCCUCGGCCGAGGGAAGAUGGCGGACGGUGUGGACCACAUAGACAUUUACGCGGAUGUAGGCGAAGAGUUCAACCAGGAAGCUGAAUAUGGUGGGCAUGAUCAGAUAGAUUUGUAUGAUGAUGUCAUCUCUCCAUCUGCAAAUAAUGGAGAUGCCCCAGAAGACCGUGAUUACAUGGAUACUCUCCCACCAACUGUUGGUGAUGAUGUGGGUAAAGGAGCAGCACCAAAUGUUGUCUAUACGUAUACUGGAAAGAGAAUUGCAUUGUAUAUCGGAAAUCUGACAUGGUGGACAACAGAUGAAGACUUAACUGAAGCAGUUCAUUCUUUGGGAGUAAAUGAUAUUUUGGAGAUAAAAUUUUUUGAAAAUCGGGCAAAUGGCCAGUCAAAAGGGUUUGCCCUUGUUGGUGUUGGAUCUGAAGCAUCCUCAAAAAAGUUAAUGGAUCUGUUGCCUAAAAGAGAACUUCAUGGUCAGAAUCCUGUUGUAACUCCAUGCAAUAAACAGUUCCUGAGUCAAUUUGAAAUGCAGUCCAGGAAAACUACACAAUCAGGACAAAUGUCUGGGGAAGGUAAAGCUGGUCCUCCAGGAGGCAGUUCACGUGCAGCAUUUCCACAAGGUGGUAGAGGACGGGGCCGUUUUCCAGGGGCUGUUCCCGGUGGGGACAGAUUUCCUGGACCAACAGGACCAGGAGGGCCACCCCCACCUUUUCCAGGAAAUUUGAUCAAGCAUCUUGUUAAAGGAACUCGGCCUUUGUUCCUGGAAACUAGGAUUCCAUGGCAUAUGGGGCACAGCAUAGAGGAAAUACCCAUUUUUGGCCUAAAAGCUGGACAGACUCCACCACGUCCACCCUUAGGUCCUCCAGGCCCACCUGGUCCACCAGGUCCUCCACCUCCUGGUCAGGUUCUGCCUCCUCCUCUAGCUGGGCCUCCUAAUCGAGGAGAUCGCCCACCACCACCAGUUCUUUUUCCUGGACAACCUUUUGGGCAGCCUCCAUUGGGUCCGCUUCCUCCUGGCCCUCCACCUCCAGUUCCGGGCUACGGCCCCCCUCCUGGUCCACCACCUCCACAACAGGGACCACCUCCACCUCCAGGCCCCUUUCCACCUCGCCCACCUGGCCCUCUUGGGCCACCCCUUACACUUGCUCCUCCUCCGCAUCUUCCUGGACCACCUCCAGGUGCCCCACCACCAGCUCCACAUGUGAACCCGGCUUUCUUUCCUCCACCGACUAACAGCGGCAUGCCUACAUCAGAUAGCCGGGGUCCACCACCAACAGAUCCAUAUGGCCGACCUCCACCGUAUGAUAGGGGUGACUAUGGGCCUCCUGGCAGGGAAAUGGAUACUGCAAGAACGCCAUUGAGUGAAGCUGAGUUUGAAGAAAUCAUGAAUAGAAAUAGGGCAAUCUCAAGCAGUGCUAUUUCAAGAGCUGUGUCUGAUGCCAGUGCUGGUGAUUAUGGGAGUGCUAUUGAGACAUUGGUAACUGCAAUUUCUUUAAUUAAACAAUCCAAAGUAUCUGCUGAUGAUCGCUGCAAAGUUCUUAUUAGCUCUUUGCAAGAUUGCCUUCAUGGAAUUGAAUCCAAGUCUUAUGGUUCUGGAUCAAGACGUGAACGAUCAAGAGAGAGGGACCAUAGUAGAUCACGAGAAAAGAGUCGGCGUCAUAAAUCCCGUAGUAGAGAUCGUCAUGAUGAUUAUUAUAGAGAGAGAAGCAGAGAACGAGAGAGACACCGGGACCGGGACCGAGACCGGGACCGAGAACGUGACCGAGAACGCGAGUAUCGUCAUCGUUAGAAGGUGGGUAUUUCUUGUUCCUGUUAUAUGUAGCAUAUGUGUUGUUAACAGUAAUUAUAACUCCAAGGCUAUUGUUUAUACAGUAUAUACCUACAUUUUAAAUGGUCCAACUACUUGUUCUGAAUUUAAUCUUCUGGAAACCUCUCAGAGAAAUGACAGGUAAGUAAUGACAGGUAAAAAAAAAAAAUUUGACCUUUUACCCUUGAAUAUUGCUGAAUUCAAACUUUUAGAUUGUUAAUGGCCUUGCUUUAGCAAGAAAAUAAUCAAGAGGACUCAUGUCUACUUCUAAAAUCUAAAAAUGGGAAUUGUUAUAAUUACAUACAUAGUUUGCAUGUAAUUUGAAAUAUAAAAUGCAAGGAGUUAAUCCAUACACACACACACACACACACACACACACACACACACACACACAAUGUGCUUGGGCUUUUAAAUUGAAAGUUUCUCUCCUUGAACUAACUCUAUCCCUAAAACUUUUGAAGAAAACCUAACACUAUAAUAGUUUAUAAUACAGAAGGAUGAUUUCUUAGCAUUGAAAGCGCUUUUGUACUUAAAAAAGUAUUCCUUAGAAAAGACAUUUUUCCUGGCAUAUAGUUUUUGUUUUAAAAUAAAAAAAACCAUAUCCUUUAAUUUGCAAAGAAGAUACGAAACUUAAUUAAAACGGGUUCAGGGUACUCCAUAUCUAAGAAUUUUAAAUUGUAUCAAAUCAUGCAUCCCAGGUUAGAAUAACCUUGAAAUAAUUUUCUUUGAUGUUUCAUUCAUAAAUCAUAAUCAUUGUGUCUUUUUUUCUGUAUUUUAAAACUAUUUCUUGUGUACAUUUUUCAUAAAGUGGGAAGUUGUCUGUUUAUACUUCAUUUUCACGUGUAAUUUUAUUUUUAUAUUUGUGAACAGCAUUUAUUCAUGUGAAAAGUAGGGGCAAGGCACUAUAAGGUUUGUGCAUGUGACACAGUUUAUUCUGUAAACAAAAACUUUUUCUUUAUGUGUUGGUGGCAUAUCCAAAUUAAAUUAGGCGAAAACAAACCCCUUAUAGGUAACUGCACUUUACACAAUUAUUUUCCAUAGUCAUGGGAAACACUGAAAAUUUACUCAUGCAGUUGUUAGUAUUUACAUUGUUAUGGGCAGAAUCAAAGACUAAAAGUGUAUGUAAUUCUGUGACAGUAGCAUUUCUUUAAUAUAUUUUAGCAAACGAGAUUCUUUUUAAAUAAUACAAUUUAUAAAAUAAGCAUGUAAGUCUUUAUGGUAUGUAAGCUAUUACAUUAUUUACAGAUUAAGGGCUUUAUGAAGUGAAAAGACCAGUUUAAAUACUUUUCUAGCAUUUUGAGUAUGCAUCUUGAAUAUUUAUCAAAACUUUAAUUUUAAAAUAGUUUUCCAUGUAUGGUAUUAUAGAACUUAAUAAAAUCUCAAAACAUUUCUUUAAUAGCCAAAGCAUCUUUCACUUUUAAAACUGAGCUUAUUGAAAUUAAUACUGCUUUUGGAUGUAAGGAUUAAGUGUUGUGUCAUGUAAGUCUAAACACUAAAUUUUAAAAAUGUAGUUUUUUUUUCCCCUUGGCCAGAAUAGAUCUUAAUACCAUCUUAUGAAAAAAUUCUCAGUCCAUCUGUUGCUUAAGGUGAAUUAUAGCCAAUUUAUUACUUGAAAUGCUUAAUUGUAUCAACCAUUUCACUUAUAGUAAGAUACAGUUUCUACAAAGAAGUUAUGCUUUUACUUAGACUUUGUUAGUUCUCAACAAGCUUCUAAUUCCUGAAGGCAUGAUAAGCAAAGCUUGCAUACAUCUUUAGUCUUCUCCAAGAUUGGAUGUGCCCAUCAAGGACUUCUGAACCAGAUUAGACUCAAAGUUAGUUUCUUCCUGGUUUUAGUUAAACUAGCAUAGUCAGCCAAGUAAACUCCUUGAAAAGUCCAUUGUUAAUUUUAAAUACUUUGAAUUAACUAACAUUACAUUCCAGUAAUGGGCACACCUAACUAUACCAUGGCUUGAGUUUCAUUACAUUCAGACAUUAACUAUGAAUUCCUAACUUGCAAACUAUUGUUGACAUUUUUCUUAAUCACUGAUGUGUACCAUACCAGAAUUCCCAUGUUUUGUUUGUACAUUAAUCAGAAUUGAGUUGUAAUAUUGUUAUGUGCCUUCAUCCAAGCAAAAUUUUACAUAAGCAUUCUAGAGCAAAAAAUUCUGUUAUCCUGGAUUACUGUACCUUUAUUACCAAACAGUAUUUAUUGCGGAUGUAGUUGUGAAUCAGAGGGGUGGGGUCUAGGAUUAAAUAUAUUCAAGUGAAAAACUUUUAAACAAACAAACCUGCACAUUUAAUUAUUACCAUAAUAGGGUCUGUUGACCUUUUUAGAAGUUUUAAAAUAUGAGUCCUUUUGAGCUUUCAUGUAAAUCUUAAACGGACUAAAUGGAAUACAAGUAACUUGGAAGCUAACGUGAAUGUCAGUAAGCAAGCGUGUAUAUAAAUAAAACAGUAAUGUAAUUUAUUAUUAAAUUGAUGAAUGGCUAUAAAAGGGCAAGUUCUUAAUUUAACUGGAAACUUAAUGAUGUUGGUAAGCUGUUAUUGUCUGUCCCAUCUUAAUUUUUUUUUGUGUUUGAAUUGUUGGUAAUGUUAAUUGCAUUCUCUCAUUUAAAAUAUGUAUUAAUUUUUCUGAAAGCAUUCAGUAUCUAAGUUCAAGUAGGUGAUAUUUUAAUGGGAAUAUCAGUAUUGUAAAUUUUCAGUAUGUAAAUACACUGUAUUUCAUAUUCUGUAAUUUCUGCCUCUAUUCUCAGACCACUCUGAGCAAAACACAAGUAGUUCAGUGUUUUAAGAUUGUACACUUCUUAUAGAAAUAAUUUUACUUUCAUGGUUGAGUUAUUUUCUUUUAGAUUGCAUUCCUCUUAUUACUUGUUUGGAAAAAUGCCACACAGCAAAUUUCUGUUGAUGAUUCAGUUUUUCUUUGUGUACAAAGAGUGAUGAAUCCAGAUUAUUUUUUAAAAUACUCUUUAUUCAUGCUUUUCCUCCCAUGAGGUUUUACAUAUUUUCAAAUCACUAUCCAUUUCUUUGAUAAAAAUUUUAAGCAUCUUGUAUGAGAUAUGAAUUAAAUAACCACAUUUUUGGUAAGAUUGCUUUUUUUCCCAUAUAUAUAUAUUAUGAUUUAAGGUUGUGUUGUUAUUGCACAAGAUUUAGGGUGCUUCGCAGUCUUUAAUUGAUAGUUUCUCAUUAAUUGGGGGGGGGGAGCCAAAAGAUAAAAAGUUUUUUCUUACAUGCUAAGAUGUUUCAUGUCUUUAAGAUGUAGUGUUACUUAGAGGCUAAUGUGAAAAUUAAGUUAUCUUUAAUUAUCUAAUGAAUGAUACUGUUGGAAAUGAUAUUUAAAAAUUAUUUCUGCAACUCUUAGGUCAUCUGAGAUCUGCCUCAUAUUGUCCAGCCUUGUUUUUGUGUUUUCCCAUAUAUCCUAACUGUUCUGCUUCAUCUGGAUAUGCUAGUUCUCUCCUCUUCUUUUGCUCUGAGUUUCCUUGCUUUUAGUAUUUGCAGUAUGUUACUACAUGGCUAUCUUAAUUGAAGUGACAGAGGGUAGGAAGUAAUCCCUUGAAUGGAUGUGUAGUGUGGUUUUUGCUCAUUGUGGUUUAAGAAUAGGUUUUGUUUACAAAUGAUUAAUGUUCCCUGUUAAAAGAAAAUUCAAUGCCAAUGUGAGUCACCUUGCUCUCACCUUCAUCUCAAUGUGAAAUAUACUACCAUUGUUGUAGUUUGUAAACUAGAUCAUUUUGAAUAAGUAAUGUUUUGAAUGAAUAUUUAGUUAGCAUUGUUUAAAGAAAACCUAAUAACCAAAAAGGGGGACGUGUGCCAUAUAUGGUAUCCAAAUUUACUAAUUUGCCUUCUGUGGUAGCUUGUUUUAAUCCUCAGAGGAAAUUCUAAGUCACAUAAACAGCUUAAUUUGAAAAAAUUUGUUUGUGAAAUUUGGGGGGCAAAGAUGAGUUUUCUUUGUGGCGAAGUUUAUUUCCAUAGUGAACUGCCUAGAGCAACAAUCCUGUAUGUUUUAUAUAUAGUGUAAUGAAAGACUUUAGUUAAAAUGAGGUAAGUACUAUGUCCACAGGUAGAAAGAAGGAAAUACCAAAUGUUGUGGUAGUAAGGGAGUUUUUGUAAAUAUCUCCAGUAAGCAGAAUUUCACAUAAUAUGUUUUAGCACAAGAAGAAUUUUAUAUUCAGAUACUUCGUAUUUCUUUUGCCCACUCCUUCCCUAUUCCUCGCAUUAAGGAGAAGUUUUCAGAAGAGAAAAGUGAAUUUUAUUUCACUGAGUUAAUAGAAUCACAUCUCUAAAAUUGUAGUAGAAUUCUAUUUAGUUAAUUCUUUUCAUUCAAUAUUAAUGUGAAAAUCUAUGAAAGAUCUGUGUCAAGUAUGUAUUUUAAUCUUACUACAAAGGUGAAUUUGCCACAAGUUUAGGAAUACUGAUGCUAACAAAUUUUCUUAGAUAAGUUUCUAACAGAAAUGCUCAUAAUUUGAGUUGUUAGUAUUGGCUUUAUUUUACAUUAUCUCGUUAUACAGGUGCUUCUCUGAAUUGAGAUUUUACUUAGCGCUUAACUUUAUAUACUUCAUUAAAGAGCUGUAGAUUCCAUUUGUCUUCUUAAUUUCUUAUCAACUGUUUACAUAGAUCUUCCUUUUAUAACUGAUAGCUAAAACUAGUAAUUGUGUGGCUUUGAUAUUAACAUAUCCGACUAAAUGGUAUUCUGAAAACAUGAGCAUUGAAUGUAUUUGUCACUCUUUUUUGAUAUCUUUGUUCAUGUAGAUGUCCUAGAAAUUUGAGAGUAUAAUAUGGGAUUGGAUUAUUGGAAAUGGGUUGUAUUGCCUUCAAAUUUGCUUCCGUUUGAGUUUGUAAAAUUUGUAUUUCCAAAUGGAUAAAUGUAAAGUGUUUAGAAAUAGAAAUAAAAACUGUCAGACUAUCCCCCAGAUUUUAUGUCUGUAUGGUGCAAACGAGAGACUUAUUAAUAGUAAAGGUCUACCUAUGAAGUAUAAUCAAGCAAAAGAUGAGUGCAUUUGUCCUGCAUAAAGAUGUGUGUUACGAUUUCAUGAACAGGGUUCUCUACAUAAAAUGUAGUAAAAUUCUCCUUUGGAGUGAUUAAUAAGAUAAAGUUGCAGUGUAUGCCAUAUGCUUUUUGGAAGAAUUGGGUAUUUUUGUUUUGCUCACUGUGACUUUAAAUAAUUUUCCCCUCUUAAUGACCAGAUCUCUCUUCUAUAUCUCUCACAUCACAACAAAAAGGUUAGGGAGAUAACAUACUUUGGUAGUAAGAUUUAUGAAUAUCAGAGUAGUGCAUCUUUUCAGGUUAGAACAUAUUUCUUAUCUUUUCUUUAAUACUUUAAUACCAGGGUUUUUUUUAUGCAUUGCAAGGCAUAAAAAUAAAACCUAUAAAAGCUGCCUUUCUAGAUUUUUUUUUCAUGAAAUAAUUCUACCUAAAGUUUCAUCAACAUAAAAUAAAGGUAUAAUAAAAGGUAACAUUAGCAAUGGUUUAAGUAUCUCGUUGAAAAAUAUGGGCAAAUAGAAAUUAUUUAAAAGAAAAAGUCCAGAAUUAUAACAUCUAGUGGUUGUUUUUUUCUUUUGCAGUUGUAAAAUUUAGGUUUUCACUCCUAGGCAAUGUGAAUGCAUAUGUAUAUUGAUGCUCUUAAGAUGGUUACAGCCUAGUUGGGGAGGAAAGGACAUAAAAUAAAACAUUUAUAGUUGUGACAGUAUUAAUUACUCUUAAUUAUGGAGCAGAAAGUAUUUUCCAAUUACUUUUAUGGCAAGAAUAUCACUAAAUAUUGUGCCCUUUUACCUUUUACUACAUCAUCUUGCUGAAAUGCUCUCUUGGAAUUUAUAUUUUAAAUACCUCGUGUUUUAGUGAUCACUUACAUGCAAGUUAAUUGAAUGCUGCUUUUGUGAACCUCUACCUGAAGUUUGCUAUUUAUGUAUUCUUGAAAUUUCAGUUUAUCAAAUUUAUUGUUUUUUUUUUCUUUAUGUGAGUUUUCAAUGAAAUUUAUCAUUGUAGAUUCUUAUUUAGUGUGUUUUGGGUUAGCUUAUCUAAAUACGUUAGGUAACUUUACAUUAGAGUGAAAGUAAAGUUAAUGUUUUAAAUUUGUAUCACGUCUGAAGAUUUGUACGUGGAUGUCAUAUUUAUUUAAAUGUGCAUAUUGAGCUAUAUAUUUAUAAAUUUUAUCUAUAAAUUUUGUAACAUGGAACAGUUUGAUUUAUAAUUUGCAGAAGUUCCUGUAUGCUGUCAAAUAAAUACAACUAAUUUGUAAAAUAAUUUAUUGCAUUUUAUAUUCAGUUCACAUUUAAUUGUUAAUGAGUUAUAUAGAAUUGAUAUGUGGGUGAAUGAAAAAUAUUUACAUUAAAAUCAUUCGAGCAUUUCCAUUUAUUUUUGUAGUAUGCAUACUUUAGAAAAUGACUUAUAAAUGUUUCCAUCAUCACAGAAACAGCAGCUGCUAUACUUUCCUUUCUGUUUCAGUCAUUAAAUUAAUAAGGCAGUAAUAACUAAGAAGAAUGAAAUGAGAAUGUGUCCGUUUUAAUCGUCACAUAAAUUGGGAGCAUUUCUCCACCAUGAAGGCAGCUACUGUUUCAGUUAACUUUUAUUGUGUUAGAAUACGUAACAGUGAAGUAGAUGCACGACUUGUGUAUGUAUAGUUAAGCCAGCGUUUUUCUGUGUAUUAUGGGGAAUAGCAAAAUCUACAUCACAAAUUUUGACACAUUACAGCUGAAGGAAGAGGAACACCUUCCAAGACAAAACAGUCUUCAUGGGGGAAAAAUGACGCUUGUCCAGCAGUUUGCUUCUUGUGAUUGAACUGAACCCGUAAGGAUUCAUGGAUAAAAUGAACAGGAAUAGAUCUGAAUAAAGCAAAUCUGCAUAAAUGGUAACCAGUAGCUCUACUUUUAUUUUUUAUGUUGCUUAACUGUUUUAUUUGAAGGAAACCUGUGUGAUUUAAAAAAAAGUUAUAGCUUUUGCAACUUUAUUACUGGUUAUAUACAUUUGGCCAUUCUAAUGUGCAAGCAAUUGGAAAAAAUGUCAAGUAAAUGCUUGUUUUUAUAGUAGUUUGUUCUUGUUAAAAAUGUUCAUAUGAUAAUGUCUGUAAACAGCACCACUUUGAUUACAAUAGAUGUAGUGUUGUAAUAAACUGUUCAAUGGGGCUGAUGUGUAAAGCUGUUCAAGUUAUUUGAUGUUUACACCUCAGGGAAAGUCUUGUGUUCAGCAAUAUCUAAAGAUAAUGUUACUAUGACAUUUAUACUGUCCUUUAAAAAAGCAUUGCAAUAGCGGUUUUGGAUAUGCACCAAUCUAAUCUUGCGUUCAGUGAAUUAAACAUACUAAUUAAGUGUCUCUUGCCCUUGAUUUUGAUAUUAGAAUAGGUGAAUUACAUGGAUAUUUAAUAUUUCUAUAUUCUGCUUUUCUAGCUGUUUUUACCUAGUUAGCUUGUGAUUUUGCUGAAUGGUAUGUAAACUUGUAAAGUCUCACAGACAUAGCAAUCCAGUCGAUGUGUUAGGGGUCAAAAAAAUUUUUGUGGUUUUAACAUUUUAGUAAAAACCCAUACAUGAUUUGCUACAGUAAUGCAGCUUAAUUACAACACAGAUGUACUGAAACGCUUAAUUGUAAACUGCUAGCAUUGAAGAAAUAUUUUGACAAUUCUGAUUUGAUGCGGCAGUUAUUUGCUGUUUUAUAUUAAUAGUGCUUGUGGUUUAUUUUUGAAGCCAUGAGCAAUGUAAAUACAGCCGUGCAGCAGACAAAUGUGAGUAAGGAGAGCAUUUAGUUUUAUUUUCUGGUUACUAUAGAUUUUGGAAGGACGUGAUGCUUACUGAUCUCGAGUUGUAUUCUCCUGUAUGUGUAAUGGGUAGAUUAUAGGUGUACCCUGUCACCACAGUUUAAGGAAUCUUGUGUGUGUUCAUGCAGCCUUUUGAUUCAUGCUAGAGUUACUUAAUCAAAGAUUUUUUUCAAAUCUGCCUUGCAUAUAGGCCCACAUUAAAAGCACUUGGCUAGCAUGUGUUCUUAAUUGCAAAAUUAGCAUAGGCAGAGUGUCAACUUGAUGAGACACUUGUAUAGGAAGGUCAUUCCGAAUCAUUACUUCAGAAAUUUGAGUUGGAUUCCUAAGCAAGUUAAUUUGUUUUUAAUGUUUUUAAGAUCUGAUUAUCUGAGAGAUCUGGUAAUACACAUUGGUUAUUUAAAAAGAUAGCCAAAUUUCAGGACAGUGCUUAAAGUAUUUAGGUACCCUAGAUAUGAUGUCAUGUGCAACUUGUAGAAGCCCUCCAGAGAUUUGCACUGCAGUUCUUCACGUUCAUUUUGUCCACUAUCACACUAGUUCUCACAAAAUUACCCGUAUUAUUGCUAGUUUUAUUUUAAAACAUUUUGUGAUUGGAGUAUUUGUGCAUGAGAUCACUGGCAUUCAUCAGAACUGUUUGCUCUCAGAUUCUUGUUCUAUCUUGUUGUGUUCUAUCUUGUUGAAAAUGCAGUUGCCUUUUUAACAUUAUUUGAGUUGUAUCAAAAUCAGUUUUCUUGUUUUGUGCAUAGGUGUUGUUUUGUCAUUCCUUAGCUUUAUUAUAUUUUCAUUACAAUGCCCUAAUGUGAAGAAGUGUGGACAUAAGUAUAUUACAAGGGAAAUUAGUUAAUAGUAAGCUUAAAAGGUAAGUAAAUGUCCAUGAGAAUAAGAUACUCUCUGAGUUUUUAAAUGGAAUUAUAAAAAUCUAACCGCUUGAACUUGAGAUGAAACUGGAAAUUUUGUACUAAUUAAAUCCUUCAUUUACCUUUUCAUUUUUUAUCAGUGGAACCCUUUAAUUGCUCAUUCUGUUUCACUCUUCUCCCUACGUGGCUGAUCUCAUUACGUGACUUUUGUUGCAGACAAUGUGAGUGUACUAGAAUUGUUUGCUGCUAGUCCCAUUGUUUUUAAAUGAUGUCAGAAGGAAACAACUUUGGUUCGGCCCAUUAAUUUUUAGUCUUUUUCUACCUGGUAACACAUGAAUGUAUAGCAGUAAAGGUGAAAAUUGCAAGCCUUGUUUUAUUCUUCAUAUCCCUUCUGUUGUCUGGGCUAAUGUUAUUCAAAAACUCUUUCUUUCUUUUUUUUUUUUUUUUUUUUAAACAUGUAAAAACAAUCCAAAGAGAUAAAUCAUUACAUACAUCACCAAAAAAAAAAAAAAAAAAAAAAAGACAAAGAGAAA